AUGUCAAAUCAAACCUCAGUCGUUGAAUUUCUCCUCCUGGGAGUGACAGACAUACAAGAAUUGAAUCCCAUUCUCUUUGCUAUUUUCUUCACCAUCUACUUUGUCAAUAUAACUGGGAAUGGAGCCAUCCUGAUGAUCAUCAUUUCAGAUCCAAGACUCCACUCACCUAUGUAUUUCUUCCUGGGGAAUCUAGCAAGUCUAGAUAUUUGCUUCUCAACUGUGACAGUGCCAAAGAUGUUAGAGAACUUCCUUUCCACAAGCAAAACAAUUUCUUUUUUGGGAUGCAUAACUCAGCUUCAUUUCUUCCACUUUCUGGGUAGCACAGAAGCCCUGCUGCUGCCAGUGAUGGCAUUUGACCGCUUUGUGGCUAUCUGCAAACCACUUCACUAUUCGGUCAUCAUGAAUAACCAGCUCUGUAUUCAGAUGACUGUUACUAUCUGGAUCAUUGGCUUUUUACAUGCCUUGCUUCACUCUGUAAUGACAUCUCGUUUGAGGUUUUGUGGUUCGAAUCAUAUCCAUCAUUUCUUCUGUGAUGUUAAACCAUUGCUAGAUCUGGCCUGUGGAGACACUGAGAUCAACCUUUGGCUGCUCAACACUGUGACAGGCACCAUUGCCCUCAGUCCCUUCUUUCUGACAUUUCUCUCCUAUUUCUAUAUUAUCACAUACCUUUUCCUCAAGACCCGUUCUUGCAGCAUGCUCCACAAAGCACUAUCCACUUGUGCUUCUCACUUCAUGGUUGUUAUUCUGCUCUAUGUUCCAGUUCUUUUUAUUUACAUCCGUCCCUCCUCAGGCAGCUCUCUGGAUCAGGACCGGGUCAUUGCCAUCAUGUACAGUGUGGUCACUCCUGCUCUCAACCCACUCAUCUACACCUUGAGAAACAAGGAAGUGAGGGGUGCGUUGAAUAGGAAGAUGAGAAGAUGGCUCCAACUUGAAGAGAUCUGAAGAACUC